UCAUCAGUGUACUGCCAGCUUCCGGUUGGGUGCACACUCUCACGUGUUUCUGUUUAGCAGGCUGAUCAGGAGAGGAUGGAGGAAGUAGGGAGUGAGACAGCGAAGCAGCUCCAUUCUGCGGAUUUACUGGAAGUUGGUUCUUCACAAGGUAAAGGGCUGUACAACAAGUUACUGAUAAAUUCAAAGCAGAACAAAAAUGGAUUGUCUUCUCCAAUUGUUAAAAUGCCACGGAGCAGCAUACUUGACCGCGUCCAGAGUUUCCUGCCUCAGCUGGCCUCAGCCAAUGAAAAACUCAGCAAAGAAAUUGGAACUUGUCCAGCUGGGACCUAUGACAUAGAGAAUGUUGAAGAUCAGGAGAAGAUCAUUGAAAUGGAUGUGGCCUUGGUUGAACUGAACAGUUCUGACUCCAGUGAAGAAGAGGAAGAUAGUUCAGAUGAAGGUUCCGACAGUGACCCAGAAGAUGAAGAAAUAACAGAAAACAAUAUCAGACUGAGCCAAAAAAGAAAGCAAGCCAAAAUAGAAGUCUUGGAUUCAAGUUCCCAACUGAAACCAAGUUAAUAUGACCCUUUAGUAUGUAUAAUACCAAGGACAGUGCAAUGUUUUAGACAGGAAAGGGUUACAAGGGAGCCCCAGUGCGGGGAACAAAUGUUAGGAAAGUCCUUACCAAUCAAAAGACUAGAGUGUCUCGGAUGUUGAUUUUUUUUUUUUUACACAUGUACCCCAAUAUGCAUAAAUUACGCUGUGGAAUGUUAUGCAUAUAUUUUUUCAAUGUAUAUAUCAUUUCAAAGUUGGCAUAUCUGUAUGCUUUUCAUAAAAGUAUAUAUACACGUAUCCACCCACAUUUUAUUGUCGGGUUACUUCUGGAGCAUUAAACCUCCUACCGGCUUCUAAUCCCUAUGGAAUUCUAAUGAUGAAAUUUCUGCCUUGGUUGCUACAGGGUGUCCUCAAUGCUGGUGUGUUUUUUUUCAUUGUUUUAUAUUAUGGGAAAUGCACUAUAAGUGGUGGGAAUACCCCAAGAUGGCUUAAAUUGGUCACACAUCCAAAGUGGGCAGGAACUUACAGGUCUCACCAAAGGCAUUCCAAGGGAUAGAAGAAACAUUAGGAUAAUGCCACCCGCUGAAAAAUCACUAUUUGGAAUACUUGCUCGUCAAGAGAAUUUUCAUGGAAUUAUACAUUUAACGUUUAUGUAGAUAUUGUACAUGUAUUAAAAAAUAUUGUGGCAGAAUUUGAAAAUGUG